UCCUUCUACAGAAGAGUAGGAAAAGAUGAGGGCAAGAAACUUUUUCUUAUUUGGCAGCAGCCACUUUAUUUCUACAACAUUAUUAGCAGCUCAAUUAUUACUCUUCUUCUUUGUCUCAAACUCCUCAUUCUUCCAUGCAACUGCCGUAGAAAUCAUAAUAGGAGAUGUCCCUCCCAUUGCUCCUUCUUAUCCUCCUUCUAAUGGUGAUGAUGAUCCACUAUGCCCUCCCCCUCCCCCUCCUCCAGAGCCAAUAUGCCCCUCCCCCUCCCCUACACCCCCACCCCUACCCCCACCCCCACCCCCACCUCCACCUCCAAAGGUUCCUCCUCCUCCUAAACAGACACCAUCCCCAUCCCCUCUGCUAGCAUCAGCCAUAAGUGUCAUUCAAAGAUUCGGGAAGACAAUAACUAGUGACCCCUAUAACAUAACAAAAACAUGGGUAGGCAAUGACAUUUGCAAAAACAAAACCUCGUACAAAGGUUUCAUUUGCGACAAAAAAAAAGUUGUUGCCAUCAAUUUCAAUGGUUGCAGAUUAGGUGGCAAAAAGCUGUCCUUAAAAAAUCUCAUUGAAAAAAUCAAGACUUUAGUCAUCAUCCAUGUCAACUCCAACUUUUUUACUGGUGAUAUACCUUCUGAUAUAUCACCCCUUAAGCUCCCUAAACUUUUCGAACUCGAUUUGAGUAACAACAAUUAUGUUGGUUCUUUCCCAAAACCUGUUCUUGGUGCUACAAAUUUAACUUAUUUGGAUCUCAGGUUCAACUAUAUAAAAGGUCCAGUUGACCCUCAAGUAUUCACACUAGACCUUGAUGUGCUUUUUCUCAACAACAAUGGCUUUUCUGGUGAAAUACCAAAAAAUUUUGGCUAUACUGUUGCCCAUUUUCUCACGUUAGCCAACAAUAAAUUCACUGGUGAAAUCCCAAAAAGCAUUGGCAAAUCCUGUGAAACACUCCUUGAGGUUUUGUUCUUGAAUAAUCAACUUUCUGGUUGUUUGCCUGUUGAGAUAGGGUUGUUACAACUAGCAACUGUAUUUGAUGCUAGUAAGAAUAAACUAACCGGUCCGAUACCGCACUCUUUCGGGUGCUUAAAGGACAUGGAACUGUUAAACCUGUCUUACAAUAAGUUGUAUGGUGAAGUGCCUGAAACAUUGUGCAAGCUCAAGAACUUGGAGAAACUCACAUUGAAAUACAAUUAUUUCACACAAGUUGGACCGGAAUGUCGAAAGCUGAUAACUGAGAAGGUUCUUGAUAUUAGCAUGAAUUGCAUUAUUGAUGCUGAGAACCAGAGAAAUCCUGAUGAAUGUGAAGCUUUCUUCUUGAAGAAGAAUAAAUGCGAGGACAUGAAUUCAAUUAGAAACUAUGUACCUUGUAAAAUUCCUAAGUUCUCGUCUACGCAGAAUUCUAAACGUGGUGCAAAGGCUCGCUCAACUACUUAUGCUGCCAUUAAAAAACCUCACCUCUGAUUUAUCCACCACGUUAUUUAUUCUGUAGUAUAAUUUUUAGACUUGUAAUAGUAAUGUAUGUAGAUUGGAGCAGCAAGUACUCCAAUUUACAACACUGUUGAGUUAUAUUUACUUGUUUUAUGUAUUGAAUUUGUAAGUACCGACUACUGAGUAUAAGGUUUGGUCUUUUGGAGCAA